AUGUGUCGCGAGGACUUUUCAGGGCCAGAGGGCGAGAAGUCCACCACCCAGAAGGCAUCCGACACCGUCAGCGGUAGCGGCAAGGACGCUGGCAAGGAGGGCCAGUCCUACUUGGACUCCGCAAAGGAGGCCAUCGGCAUGGGAGACAAGAAACUCGCAACUCUCUCCGCAACACGAACAUUCUCCUCCACCGCAAACAUGGGACGCAAGGAGAGCGACGCCUUUGGCGAGAUCGAGGUGGCCGAUGACCGCUACUGGGGAGCUCAGACGCAGCGCUCGCUGGGCAACUUCAAGAUCAAUCAGCCGCAGGACCGAUUUCCUCCACCGAUUGUAAGAGCAUUUGGUAUUCUGAAGGGCGCGGCGGCGACGGUGAAUAUGAAAUUCGGGCUGGACCCGAAGAUUGGCAAAGCAAUCCAACAAGCUGCCGCCGAGGUGGCCGACUUGAAGCUGGUGGACCACUUCCCUCUUGUUGUAUGGCAGACCGGAUCUGGCACGCAGUCCAACAUGAACGCCAACGAAGUCAUCUCCAAUCGUGCGAUUGAGAUCCUCGGAGGUCAGCUCGGCAGCAAGAAGCCUGUCCACCCGAACGAUCACGUCAACAUGUCCGCCUCGUCAAACGAUACCUUUCCGACUGUAAUGCAUAUCGCGGCGGUACUGGACUUCGAGGAGGCUCUUCUUCCAGCGUUGAAGAACUUGAAAGAUGCGUUGAAGGACAAGCAAGCUCAAUUCGAGCAGAUCAUCAAGAUUGGACGCACACAUUUGCAGGAUGCUACACCUCUGACACUUGGACAAGAGUUCUCAGGCUAUGUCACACAGCUCGAGUACGGCAUUGAGCGUGUGCAGUCUGCUCUGCCACGUCUCCGACUUCUCGCUCAGGGCGGUACUGCUGUCGGAACCGGCCUGAACACCUUCAAGGGUUUCGCCGAGGACAUCGCCAGCGAGGUCUCGAAGAUGACCGGACACCAAUUUCAGACUGCACCCAACAAGUUCGAGGCACUGGCCGCUCACGAUGCUAUUGUCGAAGCUCACGGCCAGCUCAACACACUCGCUGUCUCCCUUUACAAGAUCGCCCAAGACAUCCGAUUCCUCGGCUCUGGCCCACGCUGCGGUCUCGGCGAACUCAACCUGCCCGAGAACGAGCCCGGUUCCUCCAUCAUGCCCGGCAAAGUGAACCCAACCCAAUGCGAGUCCAUGACCAUGCUUUGCGCGCAAGUUUUCGGCAACCAAGCCGCCGUGACCUUCGCCGGCUCGCAAGGAAACUUCGAACUCAACGUCUUCAAGCCUGUCAUGAUCGCCAACCUCUUGCACUCCUCCCGUCUGCUCACCGACGGCAUGAACUCUUUCCGUGAGAACCUCGUUGUGGGUCUUGAGGCGAACGAGGCGAAGAUUUCUGCCAUCUUGAAGGAGAGUUUGAUGUUGGUGACUUGCUUGAACCCGGUCAUUGGAUAUGAUAUGGCGUCCAAGGUGGCCAAGAACGCACACAAGAAGGGCAUCACAUUGAAGGAAAGUGCGAUGGAGCUGGAGGCACUGAGCUCGGAGAAGUUUGACGAGAUUGUCAGGCCAGAGCUGAUGAUUGCACCGAAGGAAAAGAAGUAG